UUAUUGAAAAUGUAUUCUAGUUUUGUAUUUCGCGGGCAAAUUUAAUUGAACGAGCUUCCGUUGCGCUGCAACAGAUGUCAUCACCUGACUAUUUCACGGAAAAAUCAGUUUCGUUUUUGAAUAAUGACCGUUAAAAUUUUAUCGUUCUUUUGAGUGUUCUUGAUUAAUUGAAUUUCAGUGUUUAAUUCAUCGGCUAAUAUGCUAAUUAGAGUAAUUAUUGACGUUAAAUCAACAAUUUUGCAGUUCCGGAAGUGAUUUCAAAGAGUGACUGAUGUUUGCUUAUGUUAAAUGGAGUAUUAAAACUGUUUUGGAUUAUUUCUAAAAGGAACUCGUUUAGCAACUAAAAGAAGGUAAACAAAAUACAAGAGGCACCGCAGAUGUAGAAUCGGAAGAAAACUCGCAUUAAUCUCCUAAUUCGGAAUUGUCAAGAAGGCCAAAAAAUUAUUUUUCAGAUUGCUGGGAAUGGAAUUCUAUGCAGUUUAUACAAAAACGCAAAAAAUAAAUCAAAAAGGAUUACGCGGAAAAAAUGUUUCUUUAAAAUUAAAAUUCGUCUACUUGGAAGUAUACAAGUGAAAUUAUAAAUUCAUUUCUCGAGAAAUUUUCAAAUGCGCGAAAAAAUAAAUGGAAAUGAAUUUUUAUGCUGAAAAAAAAGUACCAAUAUUGUUGAGAGUUUUGUGAGAAUUAUGAAACAAACGAAUAUACGCGAUGUUGAAUGUUCAAGACAGAUAAAUUUGUGGAAUAAUUUUUUUUUUUCAAACACGACGAAUUAACAAGGAGAGAUAAUAAGAGAAAAAUUCUCAUAAAAUAAUUCAACAACCAUGUUAAAAAAAGAGAAAAUGAGAGAAAGAGAGAAAAAAAUUUAUAUAGAAAAUACACAUGCUCUUUUUUGAUAUCAAAAAUUUUUAUGAAUUAAAAAAGCUUCGCUCAUUUCUAGUGCCCUCGAGCAAAUACAUGUAAGCGGAUUAUUUCAUUCAUCGCAAAAUUUUUUGAAGAAAGUUUGUCACCUUUAACACGAGGAGAGGCAACAAAAUAGACACAAAAUAUCAUAAAACGAACAGCACCAUCAAUUGAAGAUUUUAUAGGAGCUGUAAAAAAGGAAGCUUGAGACAUUUAGUGGAGAUGGAGAGGAAAAGUUUCGUGAAAACAAUGAAAAAUUGGGCAGAGAAUCCAGAGAGAGGAGAAGUGGAAAUAAAAGUUAAAUUCAAGAAAGGACAUAUAUUUUUUCGGAAUAAAUUUCAAUACAAGGGACGAUGGAAAGGAAGUGAAAGACUUCCGAGAUGGAUGUUGCGUGUAUUCCGAGAGGGAGCGAUGAUCAAAAGAAGGAAUGAUGGUCAAUUCAAAAGGAUUGUGGAAUGUGAAUUUCCCCGCUUUAAAGAGGGUUGCACAAUUUUUUUUACUCUCUCUCACUUUCUCACUCAAAUCCACCCGUUUUAAGUGCAUUCAGAACCACGGGACAAUAUAUACUUGAAAAAUGUCCCCUUCUUUUCGCCGGAUAAAGAAAGGAAAUGUUUAUACGAUAUGGAUCCAAUGGUCGUAUUCGCUUUAAGAAUAUUCACCGGAUAUAUGAUUCCCGCAUCUAAAAAUCUCGUGAACUAUCGGAUUGCGGAAGGACAACAGACAUCACUAAUGGAUUAAGUGACUCGUUAGGCGAGAAUAGAUUUCGGCCGACCCUAGUGUAUCUUUUGAAAGGACCUCUUGACAAUAAAUCAAGACUUGAAUCAAGUUCUCCGACUCAGGAUCUAAAUAAUCUUUUUCCAAAAAAAAUUCUCGUGCAUCGGGAACGUGCGUCAUUUUCUACGAUACUGCCAGUGCGGGGAUGCAACCUCCCGGUUAGAACACUGUUUGGGGGAAGGUUUCCAGGGAAAAUUCACACUGGAGAGAGAUGAAUUGAAAUUACAAAUAAAAAAAAAGCCAUAGAGGAGGAGAUGAAAAAAUAUGUAAAUUUUCCCUUUUUUUCGAAUGGGAAAGGAAUGGAGAAAAAAAUGCUCGAUUAUCCUCUUUUUGAGGGAAAAAAAGGAAUUGUAAAGGGGCAACAGAAUCCUGUGUUGCGAAGGAAGGACCCCAUGAGAAGUAGGAGGCGUUGGAGGUUUGCGAAGAAGGAGGAGGUGGAGGCGGCGUGGCGCUCGUCGCCGUCGCCACCUCAGUUGCUCCACAGUUUCCGGACUCUGCGGACUGACAGUAAUCAUGGAUUUAAAUUGGAACUGCCGGAUUUAGAAGAAAUUUCAGACCCACAUUCAGGUCGAAAAGAAAAAUUAAAAUAGAGAUUUUACAAGCACGUUACAUAUCUUACAACAUAUCGUCAACGAUAUAUAAAUCAAUCAAAUCAAUCAUUUGGACCGAAGAAGACUGAAAUUUAUUGAAAAUGCAAAUAGUAGCUGUAUGGAUGACUAUCAUAUUGGUAUAUUCGAGCAGAGUGCUGGCAGUUGGAGACCAGGCACAUUAUAUUAACCCUUUGUCAUCUCAAAGGACAGGGUUCAGUGAAAUUGGUUACAGUGAGAAGCGUGCCCACAUAACAGAACCAACAUGCGAAGAAUUAAGGGCCAUGUGGAGAUACAGCAAGCGACAAAGUAGAGCCGCAGAGGCGACCAAUGAUUUGCCUAUGUAUCGCGAUCCAUUUUCUUAUAACAUGUGGGAGAGUUAUCCAAGUCGUUCACAUUCAUGGCACGGCUAUCGAGAAAAUCAUAACGAGCCAGCGCGAACUAGAUCUGGUGGAGUUCCAAUUUAUGGAAAAGUGAUUCAUAAAGCCCCUUCCAAUGGUCGACUAAGAAAUGGUAUGUCGAAAGCAAAAGCUUUCGAAGAAUUGACAAAGACGUAUGGAACAGUAAAUCGUCAACCACCUACUUCACAGCGUGUAUACACCUACAGAAUCGGUGGCGGAAUGGUUGUUCCACAAUCGGGAAAUGUGCCUCAGUCAGGAAGCUUUCAACACCUAAAGGAACUAAUACUAACGGAACGUGCACGAGAACUACAAGAGCAACGUCGAGCUGAAGAAAUAGCAGCGCGAGCAGCAGUUUUCAAGGAACGAACAAUUGGCGACCGACAACAGGACGAAAAUUUCUUAUAUCCUUACGAGGGCACGAAAAACGUCAAUUACGACUUACAUCCAUCUCAAUAUGUUUCCGACGUUAAUCUCGGAGAGACACUUCUACCAGAAAAAGACGAUAUUGGCCUCGACCACUGAAAAAUCGCGCUCUAUUCAACCAACUUGGCGAGUAUUAUCAAUUUACUAAGGAACAAAAAAAAAAAAGGAAACACUUGUGUUUAGGAAGAGGAAGAGAAGAGAAAUUCAAAAUAAUUGUGAGUAUUUAGAAGAAAAAAAAAUUACAUACCGCCUUCAAGUCUGCAAAAACUAUUUUAAUAGAAGAAAAGUUCAGAUAAAUGCGAAUAUUGCUGGACAAAGAUUGACAGAGAAAAACAAAAAACUUUUAAUUUGCCCUUUCAAAAAUAAUUUUUGAAGUGCAAAUUCUUCGUUUAGAGAAAAGUUUCAAGAGAGAAAAUUGUCAAUGAUUUUAAUUUCAAUUGAUAUAUUUUUUUAUUCUAGACUAAAAAAUAAUUUUCUAUCGUCGCAACAAAAAUUUCUUCU